AUGGCUUCUCUCAUACGUCUCACCGUCCGUCGUGCCACCCCUCUCUCGAGAUCUUUCUCCGUCUCUGCCAUGGGACGAAAAGACUUAUUGCAAGACCUCUACGUUUCUCAAUUGAAGAAUUAUAAGCCUGCUCCACAAGCACAAGACGCUCAUGUCGGUUUAGUCCGUAAUUAUACAGCUCCAUCUCCUCCUCAAGCACCGGCACUACCAACCGACUUAGCUUCCGAGUUGGCGAAAUUCGAUUCUGAAGAACCUAUCAUCGGUCAGACUUCCGCAACUCCGAAGAAAGAAGAAGAAGGGGAGAGCGCUGAUGCUUUUUUGACGUUUUUGGAGAAAGAUCAACCCAAAGAGGAGGUACAUCAUUAA